CACAAACACAAAUUGUCCAAUCUUUUUCUAAAUUUAACAAUGACUAGAGUUUAUUCACUAGCACUCUUUCUUACUUACAUGCUCAUGCUCAUUGUGCAGCAAAUGUGCUUCGUCGUAGGCUGCCAUGAGGUCGAAAGAGAGGCUCUCAUAAACUUCAAACGAAACGUUAUCGAAAGAGAGCCUCUCUUUAACUUCAAUCUAAGUGUUACUGAACCAACAAAUCGUCUCUCUUCAUGGAAGGGGGAGGAUUGUUGUCAAUGGCAAGGAGUAACUUGUCAUAAUGUUACUCGUUUCGUGCUUAAACUCGAUUUACACACUGAUAUAUCUCCAUGUCUUGCACAUAGUUUUAACACUGAGGAGAGUUUCAUGUAUGGUUCAAUACAAGGUGAGGUCAUGAAGUGUGAGAUUGUUAGUGCUUCUAAGCUAAUUUUCCCUCAUUUUGAUAGUUCUUUGCUCGAACUAAGACAGUUGAGGUACUUAGAUUUGAGUGGGAAUUCUUUCGGUUAUAGCAGUAUUCCAGAGUUUAUAGGGUCAAUGAAGCAUUUAAGGUACCUUAACCUCUCGGAUGCAGAGUUUAGUGGGGUUGUUCCUUCACAACUUGGCAAUCUAACUAGCUUACAAGUCCUAGAUCUUCAUUGCUCUCAGUGUUUUGGUUUUGGUUCAUCACUCAAAAUACCUGAUCUUCAUUGGGUUUCUUCACUUGCUAAUUUGCAGUAUUUGGACAUAAGCCACAAUGUUCUGACUGGCAAAGCAUUGCAAGCACUACGCGAUCUUCCAUUGUUACACCUCCGACUCUCAGGGGUUGGAAUUGGUAAUCCUCACUUAUCUUACAUAUUCUCUAAUUCAACUUUCCUUUCUAUACUCGAACAUCUCGAUCUUUCGAGGAACCUCUUGGAAGGUCCAAUCCCACAUGUUUUAGCCAAUAUGAGUUCUCUAAGAGUCCUUGAUCUUUCACUUAACUACUUGAAUGGCUCUGUCCCUCUUUGGCUUAGGAACAUUAGAGGACUUGAAUUUCUUAGCCUUAGAGGAGGAGAUUCUUAUGAUAGUAUACAUAAAUCUAGAUGGAAUUCUUUUAGUCAUAUUGAGGGAGGGACAAUUAUAGGCAUUGUGGGAAAUCUAUGCAAUCUCAAAGUACUAGAUUUGUCCCAUAACUAUGUUCUUGGAGGAGAUGUACUAAGCUCUUAUGAGAAUUUUUCAAAGUGCAUCACAUAUGAUUUGGAAAUAUUUGACUUAUCCUUCAAUAAUGUCACAUCUACUUUGCCUUAUUGGUUAGGAGAGUUCAAAAAAUUAAAAGUUUUGGACCUUGAUAGCAAUAGGCUAGAUGGUCCAAUUCCCUCUUUUAUUGGGAACUUACCAUUAUUACAAGAAUUACAUUUGAGAGAUUGUGGUUUAAAUGGUUCCAUUCCCUCCUCCAUAGGAAAAUUAUCUUCCUUGAAAAUUCUAGAUUUAGGAGAUAACUCAUUGCAUGGAUCCUUUCCCUUAUCUUUAGGGGCACUAUCAUCCUUGACAAGCUUAGAUCUUUCGUCGAAUUUUCUUGAUGGUGUAGUCUCUGAUUCACAUAUUGGCAACCUCUCGAGUUUAGAGCUCUUAGACUUGAGCUUUAAUCUACUAAACUUGAACCUUACCUUCAAUAAGCUACCCAUGUUUCAACUUAAGGAACUUCAUAUGAGGUCUUGUAGAAUAAAAGGUCAAUUUCCACAAUGGAUAAAGAUGCAAAGUGAGCUCUUUGUGUUAGACCUUUCCAAUAAUGAGAUCUCUGGGGAAUUGGUGGGAUGGUUUCCAAACAUGAAUUUACGCUACUUGAAUCUCUCCAACAAUCAUAUUAUAGGUCCAAUUCCGGAUUUCCCUUCUUCUUCAAUCCUUUUAUCCUUAGACCUCUCAAACAACUCUUUUUCAGGGACUCUUCUACAUGCUACAUCCCCUAAAAAUGAGCUAGUAAAAAAAGCUUCAUUGUGCAAUUUGAGGUACUUAGAUAUACUCCUCCUUAAGGGGAACGAACUCACCGGUACAAUUCCUGAUUGUUGGGGGGACUCAACAUACUUAAGCUUUGUUGAUCUCGCUUCCAAUAAACUCUCAGGAACUAUCCCCUUAAGUUUUGGAUUACUUCCAUGGUUAGUGAAUCUUCAACUAAACAACAACUCUCUUGAAGGUGAAAUACCUUCAACUUUUAAGGCUCGACGUUCAGGAUUGGUGAUCUUGGAUCUUGGUGAAAAUAAGUUAACAGGGAAGAUACCUAGUUGGGGUAAAGAAAGCCUUCCUUCUCUUUCGAUUCUAAGAUUACGAGCAAAUCAACUUGAAGGUGUUAUUCCUACACAAUUAUGUUCGAUUUCUUACCUUAAAAUCAUUGAUCUCGCGAAUAACAAUUUGACAGGAAGCAUCCCUCGUUGUUUUGGCCACUUUAUCAACAUGAAAUCUCAUGGUGAAACAGGGUACUUUGUUGGUGCACCUCCUAGUACAAGGGAUAAUGCAAUGGUGGUUUUAAAAGGUGAUGAACUAGAGUAUACUACAACAUUGAAGUUUGUAGUAAACUUAGACCUUUCGUCUAAUAACUUAGUGGGAUCAAUACCUGAUGAGCUUACAAAUCUAACAGGACUCAUCGGUAUGAACUUGUCAUACAAUCAUUUGACAGGAAGUAUUCCAAAGAAGAUAGGUGCAAUGAGCUCACUUGAGUCUCUUGAUUUAUCUAAUAAUAAUCUCUCAGGAACAAUCCCAUCUAGCUUGUCUGCCUUAACAUCAUUGAUUGGCUUGAAUUUGUCCUACAACAAACUUCAUGGAGAAAUACCUACAGGAAACCAACUCCAAACUCUCAAUGAUCCAUCCAUAUAUGGCAACAAUGCAGGUUUAUGUGGAGAUCCAUUGCCAAAUAAAUGCGAAAGCAAACAACGCAAACCACAUGAAGAACAAGAACAAGAACAAGCUGCUGAAGAAGAGAAUAAUAGGGAAGAUGACCUUGAUAUGAUGGUGUUCUACAUUGUUGUAGUGCUUGGCUUUGCUACUGGAUUUUGGGGAGUUGUAGGAAGUUUAGUGAUAAAGAAAACAUGGAGACAUGCUUUGUUUCGACGUGUGGAUUGUGUCAUGGAUUACUUGAAUGUGCAAUUUGUGGGAAGGAUCAAAGGGUUGAAGAAAUAAUAGUAGAAGUUUUAGAUACCAUGGAACAAAUUAAAGAUCAUGAAUGUGUAACAUGGAUUUUGGUAGAUCACUAUUAGUAUUUUUUUCAUACAUGUUUUCUUUUCUUCAUUUGACAGUCUUGGGUUUGCAGUAUUGGUGUGUAGUUGUAAACUUGUAAUAUAGCUUACUUUGUAUUCUAAGAUGAAAGAAACCAAAAAUUCCAAAGAAAGCAUAGGUUUUUUCUUCCAAUA